AUGAAUGAACAAGAUGAACUCCAACAACAGAGAUUUGGUUGGUUAAAGAAGUUUCGAGAUAGCAUCGUGGUGACGAAGCAUACAAAAUUAUUCGUCCUUGCCUCAAUUUUGCAACUAUGUACAGUUGUCGCAUUAGAGGGUCGAGUGUUCUACCGAAACAAUACGUUCAGAAUAAAAUUGGUUCAAAUUUUCGAAAUCGAAAAAUGGAGUUCUGAUUUAGCUUCGGCUUGUAAGAAUAAUCCUGAAAAUAUAUCUAAAAGUUUUUCCAGCUAUGAUGUGCCACUUGUG